AUGGCUCGCUCCAUCUUUGACCGACCUCCUACUCCAUACCCCACUCAGGCUCAUCCCCAACCGUUUGCUACGGCCAGGGUACACCAUCCCAUGGCGAUGAUUGUAGAUCACCCUGCACCUGUGACUACUACCACUGGUAGUUUGCCUCUAGCUGCUAGGAUCUCGCCUGCGGGUACUACCCCCGUCAUCAAUGGGCCUCCAUUCCAACUGGCAGGAAGGGGUCCUCCCCCAGCUUACAGUGGCCCCGGUCUUGCGCGACCUGCUCCUGGCUAUCGUCGGUACAAUAUCAGUUUCAACCGCGGCGGUUUUCGAGGGGGAUUCAACCCAGGAUCCAAUUUCAGACCCAGGGGUUCGAUCUCUCCCUUCCAUCAUUUCAAUCAACGACGACAGGCGCCUAGCCGCCCCCGCACUCCGGUUUUCUUUGUUAAUCGGGCUUCAAUCGGUGCUCCCGACGUCCCAGCAACUGCACCCCCCAGUCCUACCACGCCAACCAGCAGCGUGGAGGAACUUAAUCUGGCUCGCUCCAGCUCCUCCGCUCCCAACAGUAGUGUUGCUUCGGCCGAGGACUUCGUCCUUCCUCGGCCUCGCGUUCCAUCCCCUACUCCUGCUGGGAUGUACGACCCUGCCGACUAUCACCUCCUCUUGCGUCACCAGGUGGAGGCUCUGCUCGAUCGACGCGCCGACCCCGCCCGUUUUGAUAGAUAUGCAUUUACACCCCAGCAUAUUGAUGACCUCUACGAGUCCAUCACUACUGCGAUGGUCAACCAUUUCACAACUUACCCUGCUGCUAAUGCAGCAGAGCGCGAGAGCCGGGUUCGUUUAUUUCGAUUUGCGAGUCGUCGCUACCGCACCAUGACUCGUAGAGUUUAG